GUUGCUCAGAAAAGACCGAGUCCUGUUUCUCGACGCAAACACAGAGACGCAAAAGAAAGAAAGAUGAGUCGAAGUAGAUCGCUGCGAUUCCUACUAUUAUUCGCUUCGAUUUCGCUACAUUUCAUCUCAGGUUUCUCUGAUGAUUCUGCAAGUUCAAAGAAUGAUACAAAAACCAAGCCUAAUGUGACUUCCAGUAGUAAUACUGGUCCCAAGGUAGUUAUCAUAUUACUUGGGAUUGUUGCAAUAGGGUUGUUUUCAGUUUUUCUCUUCAAGUUGUGGCAAAAAAAGAAACGAGAUGAACAAUAUGCCCGUCUUUUAAAGUUGUUUGAAGAAGAUGAUGAGCUCGAGGUCGAACUUGGCCUUCGGGACUGACACUACGUAUUAUCAACAUCAUUGUUCAGGCUAAAUCAGCAGUUUUCUGUUUGGACAUGUUUGCCCGAUGGACAGAAAUAGGAUGCUGGGAUGUGCCCUAUGGUGGGAUCUGAUUUUUUCCAACCUCGAGUUGGAGUAUCUUGUAAUGAUAUGUUCAAAUGAAAUUUCCAUAAAUUUGAAAGUUUUGCUUGCUAGAGUGGAGAAGUACACAAUUUUAUAGAUGUUUGAAGGUGUUUUCACGUGUGUAAAAUGUAAAGAUUGAGAUUUUGAUAUUCAUUUUCACCUAU